AUGCCGUUACAAUCUACCACCGAAGGCGUCAAGUCUGGAGAUAUAGGUGCAGAGUGCAACGUUAUCAUUGCGGGAGCAGGUCCUGUUGGCUUACUGCUCGCUCUCCUCCUUGCUCGAAAAGGCAUACGUUCCAAGGUGUUUGAGAAGAGUGCGGAGCUGGAUACCUCUCCUCGAGCGGCUCUAUACUACCCGCUUGUUCUCGAAGUCUUCAAGGACGCCGGAAUCUACGAUAUUGUUCUCCAACUUGGUAGUUAUUCAGGUGGCCCUAUGUGGCGUAAACGCGUCAUCGACGAUGGUAACGGCGGGAAAGCCUUGGGACCGGCGAUAGCAGAACUGGAGAUGUCCAAACGGGGAGAUGACGGAUGUUUCGAAGAGGGAAAAUUCGCCGUUAUCCUUGUGCAAGGGCUCUUGGUCCAGGUGCUGUUGGAAGAAGCCACCAAAACAAAUCUUGUCGAAGUUCACUUUAAUACGCCUAUCGAGGGAUUUGAGCAAGAUCAAUGUGGCGUCACCGUCAAAGUUGAAGCUUUUGGAGAGCCUCAAACAUUCAGGUCGCAGUAUCUGGUAGGCUGCGAUGGCGCCAGAUCGACGAUCCGCAAAUUACUGGGGGUUGGCUUCAGUGGGCAUUCGUGGCCUGAGAGACUCAUUGCUACAGAUGUGCGGCGCACUAUACCCAAGCUCGAAAGACUUCCAGCUCACUUCGUGGUCGACAAAGUCCAUUGGGGGGUAGUCCUACCACUUGAAGAGAUCGUGCCCGGGAAACCUGGGCUGUGGCGCUACGCGAUGGCCGUUCCUGACGAAACAUUGACCAAUGAGGAGAUAGAGGAUCCUAAAUACGUACAUAAACUUCUCCUCAAGUAUCUGGAUGGUCCACAGCCUGCCGAGUAUACCUUAGUCCGCUAUCGUGCUUAUCGACUGCACCAGCUCCUGGCAAGUACCAUGCAUCGAAACAGAGUCCUUCUUGCUGGCGAUGCUGCGCAUGUUAACAAUCCUGUUGGUGGACUUGGGUUAUGCACCGGUUUGCUGGAUGUUGACCUUCUCUAUCAGGCAUUUGAUCUGAUAAUCAACCACAAUUAUCAUGAUCCUCAAGACUUGCUGGCAGAGUACUCGGCAGCUCGACGGUGUGUAUUCCAGACGCUUGUGAGCCCAAUAAGCAGUGCGAACAAACUCCGACUGCACGAAAGUGAUCCAGACGAUGCCGCCCGUGAGGAUUGGUUUCUUCGGAUCUUACGGAGAGGCAUCCCACAGGAGAUAGGCAAGGCGCACUCGCCGCUCCAGCAGGCCUGGAGGACUGACAUUCGUUCAAUCACCAAGGAGCCAGUUACCACUCAAGCUUGA